GAGAGAGAGAGAGAGAGAGAGAGAGAGAGAGAGAGGAGAAAGUUGGAUCGUACUACUUGUUUAGCUGUCUCCAUUUUAACCUCAGACUAAGAACGGACAUCAGAAUGCCCUUAUGGUACUUUAAACAAAAGCCUCAGUGUUCAUGAUUUUACUUGGAGAACCGAAAAUAGCAUUGAGUAAGCACUGACAUACUGACGUGCUGUGCUACUAAAAGCCCAGCAUCCCUUAAUCAGAGCUCAGUAAUCCACGGAGAUUCUGCUGAGAAGCCUGUAAAAGCAAAUCCUCUCUUCUACUUCUUUUCUCAUGUAACUGCUAAGAGGCUGCAGAUUCAGUUUCUGGAGUUCUAGGAUUUAAAUCUGACAAGGAACAUACAGGAUACUUAAAAUUAUUCAAGAUUAUUGAGAAACAAACACAUUUGGUUUGGAUCAGUCCUGUUCCUUUAUAGAAUAAGAACUGGAAUCAAAUACACACCAGAAUGAAUUACUGCUUCUUGAAACACUGGAUAUUGAUGACUCCUCUUCUAUGGCCUUGCCUUAAAGUUGCAGAGACCUUGAAAGCUGAGAAGGCUCAGCGAGCAGUACCAUCUACUGGGAGAGCUAAGCGUGCCUGGGUGUGGAGCCCAUUUGUUGUACUAGAGGAAAUGGAUACUAUACAAUGUGUUGGACAGCUAAGAUCUGACUUAGACAAUGGAAACAACUCUUUCCAGUACAAGCUGCUGGGGACUGGUGCUGGAAGCUUUAGCAUUAAUGAAAGAACAGGUGAAAUAUGUGCCAUACAGAAGCUUGAUAGAGAAGAACAAUCCCUCUACAUUCUGAGAGCCCAGGUAAUAGACACCACUACUGGGAAGGCUGUGGAAACUGAAUCCGAGUUUGUCAUCAGAGUUUUGGAUAUCAAUGACAAUGAACCCCGAUUCCUAGAUGAACCGUAUGAGGCCAUUGUACCUGAGAUGUCUCCAGAAGGAACAUUUGUCAUCAAGGUGACAGCCAAUGAUGCAGAUGAUCCUUCAACUGGCUAUCAUGCUCGCAUCCUAUAUAAUUUAGAACGAGGCCAACCAUACUUUUCUGUUGAGCCAACAACAGGAGUCAUAAGAAUAUCUUCUAAAAUGGAUAGAGAGUUGCAAGAUACAUACUGUGUAAUUAUUCAAGCCAAGGACAUGCUCGGUCAGUCUGGAGCCCUGUCUGGAACAACGACUGUAUCAAUUAAGCUGUCAGAUAUUAAUGACAACAAGCCAAUAUUCAAAGAAAGUUUCUACCGCUUCACUGUAUCUGAAUCUGCACCCAGUGGAACAUCAAUAGGGAAAAUUAUGGCAUAUGAUGAUGACAUAGGGGAGAAUGCAGAGAUGGAGUACAGCAUUGAAGAUGAUGAUUCAAAAACAUUUGACAUAAUCAUUGACAGUGACACCCAAGAGGGGAUAGUUAUACUUAAAAAGAAAGUUGAUUUUGAGCAGCAGAGUCACUAUGGCAUUCGAGCUAAAGUUAAAAACUGUCAUGUGGAUGAAGAGCUCGCACCUGCCCAUGUUAACGCCUCCACAACCUACAUUAAAGUUCAAGUAGAAGAUGAAGAUGAACCUCCUGUUUUCCUCUUACCAUAUUACAUAUUUGAAAUUCCUGAAGGAAAGCCAUAUGGAGCAAUUGUUGGGACGGUUUCUGCCAUAGACCCAGAUCGAAGACAAUCUUCUAUGAGAUAUUCUCUCACUGGAAGCAAAAUGUUUGAUAUCAAUGACAAUGGAACAAUAAUUACCACUAACAUGCUUGAUAGAGAGGUCAGUGCUUGGUACAACUUGAGUGUCACAGCUACUGAAAUAUACAAUGUACAACAGAUCUCUUCAGCUCAUGUUUAUGUACAAGUUUUUAACAUAAACGACAAUGCUCCUGAGUUCUCUCAAUUCUAUGAGACUUAUGUUUGUGAAAAUGCUGAAUCUGGUGAGAUAAUUCAGAUCAUCAGUGCAAUCGAUAGAGAUGAAUCCAUAGAAGAUCACCAUUUUUACUUUAAUCAUUCUGUGGAAGACACAAACAACUCAAGUUUUAUGCUAACAGACAAUCAAGAUAACACAGCUGUAAUUCUGAGUAAUAGAACUGGUUUUAACCUUAAAGAAGAGCCUGUCUUCUACAUGGUCAUCUUGAUUGCUGACAACGGAAUCCCAUCUCUGACAAGCACGAACACUCUCACUAUACAAGUCUGUGACUGUGGAGACAGUAGAAACACGGAGACUUGUGCUAACAAGGGACUUCUCUUUAUCAUGGGAUUCAAAACAGAGGCAAUAAUUGCCAUCGUGAUAUGUGUUAUGGUAAUAUUUGGGUUUUUCUUUUUGAUUCUUGCUCUAAAACAGCGAAGAAAGGAGACUCUAUUUCCAGAGAAGACGGAGGAUUUUAGGGAGAAUAUAUUUUGCUAUGAUGAUGAAGGCGGCGGGGAAGAAGACUCAGAAGCCUUUGAUAUCGUAGAGCUGAGACAAAGUACAGUAAUGAGAGAAAGAAAGCCACGGAGAAGCAAGAGCGCAGAGAUCAGGAGCCUGUACAGGCAGUCCCUGCAGGUGGGCCCAGACAGCGCCAUAUUUCGAAAAUUUAUCCUAGAGAAGCUUGAAGAAGCCAACACGGAUCCAUGUGCUCCCCCCUUUGACUCACUACAGACAUUUGCCUAUGAGGGAACAGGGUCAUCAGCUGGCUCUCUGAGCUCCUUGGGAUCCAGAGACACUGAUCAGGAGGAUGACUUUGACUACCUUAAUGAUCUGGGGCCUCGUUUUAAAAGAUUAGCAAAUAUGUUUGGCUCUGCAGUGCAACCCAACAUUUAAGGCUUUCUAAUAUCAGCAUGCAAUAAAUAUUAAGGUAUAUUUACAUAAAAUGACAGGCUUUGUGGAGAAUUUCCUACUCUGGCUUUCUGCUGGCAGGAGACCUGAUUUGUAAAAUUAUGAUCUCUUCAAGUACACAGUUAUGGUGAUUCUUGUUCAACACAGAGCUUGGGAGGGAUGCAGCCAAUCAGAGUUGAUAUGUCACAGCAAAGAAUGAGUACUACAACACUGAAACGGUCAUCUAGAAUUUUGCCGUGUAAUCCAAUGUAGAUUUUCAACAAUUCUAAAGGACAAAAAUUUGCCAAAGAAAGCUAUCUGCAUAGUUUUCCAUCUAUUCAUUCUUUUACAAAGUAAAUAGGAAGCCUCUGUGUGCACCAUGCUUUUGAUACUGUGGAGAGAUCAAUUUUAACAACAAGGAGAAUUCUGGGUGGUUUCAUAAAAGCAUACACAUAUUUUCGUUAUAUGAAUAACCAGUUUUCUGAUUGAGAUACUAUGCAUUAUUAGAAAACUUUUAAAAUGUUUUCAGAGAUUACUCCUUAAUACUCCAAAUUUGGCUCUACUUAAUAUAUAAAUUUAUCAGAGUUACAUAGUAACUUGUGUUGUUUGAUGGUUCUGAGUUUGCACAAAGAAGGAAAUCAAGUGAUAUGCUUAAGGGCUUUCAGAGAUUUAUAUUUUUAGCAACUCCAAAUGCCUUUCCUUUUCAUGUAAAAUUACAAUGAUCAAAUACAUGUCAACAUUUACUUGUGAUUAAAUUAUGACUAGUGGAACUGAUGGAUGGUACAGAUUAAGGGUAUUUUGCUUUCUACUGAAGUUGAGAUAGCUAAAUAACAUCUCUACUGGAUUCAAAUUUGAAUUAUUAUUUACCCCAAGAAUUAUAAUCACCUGCACUGUCUAUCUCUAUCCACACAAAUAAAAACAUGAUGCCACUCUCUUCAUUAGUUUUUCUGUUAAGAACUUAGCAUGUGGCUUAUUACCCAGUGUCAUUUUAGAAAUAUUAAAAUAGAAAUAAGAAGUAAUGGCAACUUCUCAUUAUAAUGUUAUGGAGGAACUAAGCUGUCAGUCAUAAAACUUCAGGGUAAAUUAGGUUACAUAGUAAUUGAUAAUAAAACACAGUAUUCUAAACUGACUUUUAAAGAAUGUUUCUUAUUAUAUCCAAAUCAAGAUGGAGUUCAAAUUUGAUAUUUCAUUUGUAAAUAAUGUAUUAAGUACAAUGGUUUUAAAAUGUAUAAUGUGCCCAUUUUGUUUCCUUUAUGACCUUGAACUAAACUAUGUAUAUGAAAUAUUAUAAUUUUGUACGUAAUAGGGCAGUUGAAUAGCUAUAUUUUUCUUUGUAAUCUGAAACAUAUACACCCAUGUAACAUAAUAAAGGGAAAGAAUAUCAAUUUGGAAUGGGAAACAUUUUGUUUGUACCACAGACAUUACUCAUAAGACCAUGAAGCAGUCACAUUAGAAAUAUACCAGUUAAGAUAGUAAAGUAGAUGAGAUAUUGUCUGUUAUUGUAGAUCAUUACACAUUAAUAGUGUUAUGAUCUGGGCAGAAAUAAAGUACAAAACAGAAAUGUUAUAAGGAAAAACCUAAAAACUAUAA